AUGCCGCUAGUACAGCCCCAAGAGUGGAUGCAGUUCCAGAGAUCCAAUCCAGCACAUCGACUCGCAGUUGAAGAAGCCAAAGAAGCAAUAGCCCUACAUCGCGAGAUGAUGGACCCCCCUUUUCGCUUCCUGGACUUACCAACUGAGCUGAAAGAUAUGAUAUACAGCUACCAUGCGGCCGCCAUUCAGCAAAGCUUCGAAUCCACUAAGCAGACCGUGCAAACGUCACGAUUUUUCCUUCCAAGAACCGAAAAACGGCGCGAUCUAGGCCGUCUCCGCAUCCCGCCACUGGCCCAAGUGUGCAAAGAGCUCCGUGAAGAUUUCCUCCACAUUGUGUUCAAGGWAGGCGCAUUCGAUGUCGAUGUCAUUGGCGAUGAGAAAAGAUACAUGUAUGAAAACCCCGCAGAACAUGGAAACACAAUUUGGAUAGUCUUGCCCGACGGGCGCUGUACCCCCGAAAGACCACACAAACCGCUCAAACUUCCGCGGCGCAUUGCCAAUCUCUUGCAACACGAUACGAUCUUCCAGAACGUCAGGUUCGUCAUGAAUCGGGAGUACACACCAUCUGCAUAUAGGGCCGAAUCCCGUGGGCGCAGGCUCAGGCGCCCAGUUCUGUUACCGCCGCAGCAGGUCGUGCCGUGGGAARUGACAUUCCAGUGGACCGAAAAGCGUCUUUUGGUGGAGAACGGUCCUGAGGCGGUUGCUUGGCACUACCUCUAUCCCCAGCGUGGUAUCAUUGAAGACGUUAUCAGACAGGUGGCUCGUGAGACGUGUGCUCAAGAGGAAUUCAAUGGAUUUGCUGUGGCGGAUUUGCGUCGGAUUGCAGAUGAGAUGGUGACUCAGAUCAAUGGGUGCACUAAACGGUUCGUUCCAGAGAAGUAA